CCCACCAUCUAGUUUCGCUCUCGCUCCCAGGGCUUGUGCGGGGCGGCGGCCUCGGAGCGAGCCCGCCGGGCCAGCGCAGCCCGGUCCGGCCCCGCGAGCCGACAUGGGGCUCGCCGGCCGCCUCUCCUCGCUCGGGCUGCGGCUGCUGCUGAGCGCCCUGCUGGUAUGCACCCGGUCUCAAGAUCAAGAGUCUGUGUUUGCGAUUGUGGGAGAAGAGUUUACUUUUUCACCAAAAUUUAUUGGUAAAAUACAAGAAGUUACCUGGAUGAAGGGAAGAAAUAAAGUGGCUGAAUGGGAUUACAGUGAUGGGCUUCCUACAUAUUUUUCUAGCUUAGCAGGGAGAGAACAGCUUGACACAUCUGGCAAUUUGACCAUCAAAAAGUUAAAUCUUGAUGAUACUGCAGAGUAUGAGGCACAGGUUCUGGCUGAUGACAAUGACCAGCUCCAGUUUACAAAAUUUGUACUCGAAGUAUUGGAUCCUCCUCCACCAUCGGUAUUAAAUUGCAGUGUCACUAAUGGUCUGAUUAGAAUAUCGUGUGUGAUAAAAUUCUCAAAGGAAGUGCACUACAGUUGGUAUCGGGACGACAUAAAAAUUAUGCAUGCUAAUAAUUCUGUUCUCGAACUUAAAGAAAAUGUAGACCCUUCAGAGAAAGUUUUCUGCGUCAGAGAAGUCUCCAAAACAAAAAUCAACAACUCAAUCUCUCUGAGUGCAUGCUUCUGGGAGAGUCCCAAAAGUCUUUCAAGAGGUAGAAAUGGUUUAAUAGCAAUUUUUGUUAUUAUUAUUAUUCUCCUUCUAUUCAUGGGAGCACUCUUCUUUCUAUGGAAAAGAGGUUUGCUUUCCAACAUUCUCUAUCAGAUACGCACAAAGCACUCAGUUGUAGAUAAGACUGAAGACCUUACAGAAGAUGGCAGAUUUCUGGAAGAAAGCAGCCAAAAAGAAGUUAAUACCAAAUGCAUUGUUACUGAAAAGAACAAAAGAGAUUACUCAACAAUAUACUAUGUGACUUCAGAGAAGAAUCAACUUAGCUAUGAAGAGAAGAACUCAAAAGAGAGUAAAUCAGUGAGCCAGGCUGACCUUUUCUCCACUCAAGAGAAUGCAGAUUCUGAAAAUAUCACAAAGGAGAGUCAGGAGCCAGGUUCCAAUUCUAGAUUAAAUCAUGAAUCAGGGAUGGAAUUCACUAAAAGUUGCAUCUUUCAGGAUGAAGAGAAGAACUCAAAAGAGAGUAAAUCAGUGAGCCAGGCUGACCUUUUCUCCACUCAAGAGAAUGCAGAUUCUGAAAAUAUCACAAAGGAGAGUCAGGAGCCAGGUUCCAAUUCUAGAUUAAAUCAUGAAUCAGGGAUGGAAUUCACUAAAAGUUGCAUCUUUCAGGAUGAAGAGAAGAACUCAAAAGAGAGUAAAUCAGUGAGCCAGGCUGACCUUUUCUCCACUCAAGAGAAUGCAGAUUCUGAAAAUAUCACAAAGGAGAGUCAGGAGCCAGGUUCCAAUUCUAGAUUAAAUCAUGAAUCAGGGAUGGAAUUCACUAAAAGUUGCAUCUUUCAGGAUGAAGAGAAGAACUCAAAAGAGAGUAAAUCAGUGAGCCAGGCUGACCUUUUCUCCACUCAAGAGAAUGCAGAUUCUGAAAAUAUCACAAAGGAGAGUCAGGAGCCAGGUUCCAAUUCUAGAUUAAAUCAUGAAUCAGGGAUGGAAUUCACUAAAAGUUGCAUCUUUCAGGAUGAAGAGAAGAACUCAAAAGAGAGUAAAUCAGUGAGCCAGGCUGACCUUUUCUCCACUCAAGAGAAUGCAGAUUCUGAAAAUAUCACAAAGGAGAGUCAGGAGCCAGGAUGCUUUAUUUGGCCAUUGAGGUUUGCCAUGGUGUUUGAGCCAUGUUUGGAGAUCUUAAACAGUAAAGGGACACAGACUAACAACACAAUGGACUAAACUCCAUUGCGGAGUGACAAAAGACAUUGAGAGAAGAAAUGGAACAAGUAUCACGUGGACGUCAUCCAUGAGUGCUUGAGUUCUCCGUAACAGAAGUGUUUUGAAGAUCCAUUUAUUUGUUCUCAAGCUUCCAUCAAUGCCCACUUUUAUCUUUCGAGGACAGAUGUCCUCUUUCUUCAGUGUUGGUUAUUUUGAAACUGGACAGUGAGUCAGGGACCAAAUCCCUUUGCAUGUGUGCUUUUUUUUAUACUUUCGUUUUACAAGCAAGCAAACACGAAACUUAGGAACCAGGUUUAUUUAUGCCAGUAUUUCCAGGCAUUAACUAACACAAAUGAAUGUUGACAAAUCAAAAACUAAUCGACAUGAUAUACAACUCUAACUGUAACAUUAUUUACAUUCAAAGGAGAAGAGUAUUCAGAGGGGCAACUCUCAUUUUCUCCGCCUCCCUAUCCGAAAGAAAAGGCCACAACGACACUGUCCAUCCAUAGAUGAGCAACAGCUUUCUUGGCUCUUGUUUCUUCCAGAAAGCACCGCCAUCACCAUCACCCUCCACUAAAUUCUAAUUUUUUUUGCAUAGCAAAAGGCAGACACACCUUCUUGCUCAGUGGACAUGGUAUCAACUCUGCCAUUUACUCUAGCCCAGUGGUUCUCAAACUGCGGGUCAGGCCCAAAAGUGGGUCAUGACCCUGUUUUAAUGAGGUCACCUGGGCUGGCAUUAGACUUGCUGGGGACUGGGGCUGAAGCCAAAGUCUGAGUCCCACUGCCCAGGACGGGGGCUGAAGCCAAAGCCCAAGGGCUUCAGCCUUGGGCAGCAGGGCUCAGGCUACAGUGCCCUCCCCCCACUCCCCGCUGCCCACCCAAGGAGGCAGGGCUCAGGCUUCCGUCCCUCUUCCUGGAGUUGUGUAGUAACUUUUGUUGUCAGAAGGGGGUCGCGAUGCAGUGAAGUUUGAGAACCCCUGCUACCUAAGCAAUGUAUCCUCAGACUCUAGGGUAAGUCUCAAGAGCAAUUACGUCUGUGGCGCCCACAACUGUGUCAGAACAGCUGAUCUAAAAGCAUCAGCACAGACCCUUCAUCACUAUCAGAAGGAGAUUAUCAACCAAUGAAACCAGUACAGUCUCUGUGCCAAACCCAGGUCUCAAAUCUAUGCAAGUCAGGGCUUUGAUGUAUGAAGUUAGGCACCCAAAAAAUCUACAUACUUUAGGGCAGUGGUUAUCUUACUUUUUUUUUCAUGGACCACUUGAAAAUUGCUGUGGGUCUCAGUGGGCCACUUUGUGAUCUUUCCAAAUGUUGUUUGUAUCAUGAGCUAACUAUUGUAAAGAGUUUUUGAUAAAAAAAAACCCCUUAAUAAUAAUUAACGUUUUUUGGUUCUACAAAUAAAAGCACACAACUCA